AUGUCGUCUUCUGAUAUGAGUAACACUUCAGAGUCGGGUGUGCUGAUUUCGUGUACAUCAGAACAACUUCGUUUGCGAGAUAUCCUUCAACAUAAUCUAAAUGAGGAUAACACCGUUUCAUCAGAAAGUGUUCAUCUACUGUCUGAUGAGAAGAAUUCACUACGGGGUGAAGACAUCAUGGAUAUGCAAUGUGAAGUGAAUAACGAGGUUGAUGUCUGUUCAAGAAAUGAUUAUGGUUUUUUGGAUAUAUUAAAAGAGCAGGAGUUAAUCAACAAGAAAACUGAAGUACAUCAUCCAAAAUGUGACAAUUCAAUUAUGCUAAAUUUUGACCCACUGAAUAAUAAUCUCUCCCAGAAUUGUGAUUCUCUACAAAUGGUUGAAGCAGUCGAUAAUUUGCCUGGAGGAUCUUUCUCAAUAACUCCAACAUCAAGUGAUGACAAUAAUACAUCAUGUUAUAAUCAAAUAGGUCAUUUGAUUAGUCCUUUAGUCAGUGGGGAAUUCAUCAACACAGCUAUGUCAUCAGCUUUGUCAUCUCCGUUUUCAUCAUCAUCAUCACUAGUAAUAACAGAAACUAAUAAAGUAACAUCUCUCCCAUUUAGUUAUCCUGUUACUAAUACUAUUGUUACUAAGACCGUUGAUACUAUUGCUCCAGCUUUAGAUAAUGUUCAGUCGUUUAAAGAAGUUCUGGCUACUGCAACAACAUGUACUACUGAAUUUUUAAAUCAAUCAAUGGAUCAACCUUCUGUAUUGUUAAACAAAUCUUUUACCACAACAACAACCUAUUCACCAUGGAGACAUCAUAGUGUAUUGAAUCAAGCAUUAGGCGGUGGUUCUGGUGGUGGGGGAGAUAGUUCACCUGAGUGGUCAUCUUACUCCAUACCGACCACUAAUAGAUUACAGAACAGUAUAACUAUACAACAAGAUCAACCUCAUCAUGAUAAUGAAGAUGACAAUUUUGUAAACGAUGAAGUUGUAAAUUACUCGAGUGAUGUAAAGCAAUCAUUUUGUCCUAAAGAAUUUCAGUCAACUGCAGGAAGUGAUGCAACCGAUAAUCCUCCAAAUUCUGUUCAGAAAAAGGCAGGAAAUAUGGAUUUAGAUUCACUUAUUGGUAUGUUUAGUCGUGUAGCAGUAGAAGAUGAUUCUAUUCGAGAAAGUGAAUCGACGGUAAAUCAAGCCAUUCGUAAUUCUGAAUUGACAGUCAGUUAUUGUAAUACGCCGGAAAUCACGCAUUCCAAAUCUGUUAACCCAUCUUUAACAUAUGUAUUGAAAUCAGAAAGGCAUUCACACACUACGUUAGUCAAAACAACUCAAAGUAUUCCAUCAUCAUCUAUCCCACUAUUGACCUAUGAACCAUUCCAUACUCCUGAACAUAGUUGUCAAAAUGAUGUUGCUAUGAAUAGUAAAGAAAAUGCGACACAGCAAAUUCGAUACAAUACACCUGAAUGCAUCAAUAUCAUUGAUAAAACACAUUGUAAUACACCAAAUAAUAAUGACCAUAGUGGUAUUUCUGGAUUUUUAUCUAAAGCAGCAAGUUCUAUAUAUGCUCGUCUUAUAUCAUCUGGUUCAUCACAGAAAUCAAUAAAAAUUGACAGUCCGUUCAUGAUGAAACAACAAAAUAUAUUUGAUUCAUCAAAAUCUCCUCCUAUUCAUCAAUGUCCUUCUAUUAAGAAAAAUACGUCAAUCAACAAAGAGUCAAAUAUUGAACAUGAUAUAUUAGAAAAAGAUGAAAAAUAUGAAGAAACAGGACAAAAAGAAGUGGAGGUAGGAGAACAACAAUAUGAUGAACUCUGUCUACAACCGCUUACUUCACCACAGUCAUUUGAAAGACAAUCUCAGUAUUGCUUAGAAGAGGAAGAGACAUGGAAAACAGUUAGUUCCAUACAUGAGGUUAGUUGUUCCAUGGAGAUAUCAUCUGGAUUAGAUACAAAUACUGAACAAAUAGAAGAUAAAGAAAAUAAACAAGUCUUACAGGUUAUCCAUAAAGAAAUUGGAGAUAUCAGCAUGCAAAGUUAUACUGACUCAUUCAUGUCAACUUCAGAAACUCGACCAAUUUUAAAAGAAUUGCAUAGUAAUCAUAAUAUAUCUAACAAUUGUAACGGCAGUCAAUAUUCUUUUGAUAAUAAUAGAGAUUUAUUGUCACAUGAAUUACAAGAUGAAAAGCAAGAAACAGUCUCAAUAAAAACUACAUCAUUCAAUACAUCUGAUGCUAGUCAUGACGUUAUUGAAGAUGUUGAACAAACUACACAAGAUUUACGCGAUCAAAUUCAUAUUUUGAGAAAUCGAGCAGAAAUUUGGAAAUCUGUACUGAAUGAUUAUCGAUCUACGUUUUUGGACUCUGCAACAAUUAUUUCUGAAUCUAAAAGAAUAGAUACAGAAAAAUUGUUACACCUAGUUCAAGAACGUGAUGAAUCAGUUGAUCAGGCUGCACAAAUGCAUACAGUGUAUACAGGUAUGGUACGGCGUAUUGAACGUGCACAAUCAGUUGUUGAGUUGGCUAGAAAGAAACAAGAUUCACUUCAAGAAAAUUUGAAUGAAAUUAGUUCUGAUGUUUCUGUUAUGCAAGAGAAGAUUACUAACCUGAUAUCUGUUAGUGAAAAAAAACUACAAGAUGCACUUAUCAACCAAGAAAUCUAA